ACCAGGCCCCUGGGCAUCGCACCCCAACUCUCGAAUUCAGAGCCGGCUGGUGACAUGCCUCCGUUCGGGUUGGCUACACACCUCCCGGCCGGGUACCCAAACGCCAUCUCGGAGCAGUCACCGCAGGCUUAUCCCUGCCUCGACCUUCAGGAAGACCGUCGGGUCCAGGCCCCCGGGAAGCAACCCUACUCCCAACCACGCACUUUCCCGCCAGUGGGCCUUUGGACGUAGUGGGCGUGGCGUUCAUAGCCCCCACUGGCCGCAGGGGCUUCCGAGGUGGAACACAUCGGCUCUAGGAACUCUGGAGCUGGGCGACGGGGUCCGCCCGAGCCCUUCCUCAGGGCAGCCACAUCUGAGGACCAGAGCCAUGCUGAGGAGCCAGAGCCUGUGACCUUCUCCAUCUCCAUCUGGCUGAGGCCAGCCACCAUCCUCAGCAGCUGACAUCACGAGAAAGAUUUGGGGACCUUGGGGAAGUACCCAAGGGAUCCUUUCCCUGAGAUGUGGAACAUCGGGGCAGAAUGCUGAGGGCCCUUCUAUCUGGCCUGCGGUGGAGGGGAGGCAUUUGGGGCUGCACCUUCAGCUCACGGCAACCCCAUCUGCCUCCGGCUCGGUUGUUGAGUGCCACAGAACUGGUCAGCCACUGGACAGUAGUCUUUGAGAAAAGGGGCAUCCCUGAGGCCCGGGAAUCCAGUGAGUACAUCGUGGCUCAUGUCCUUGGAGCCAAAACAUUUCAGAGCCUGAGGCCAGGACUUUGGACCCAGCCCCUGACCCCUUGGCAGUUACAGUAUGUCCAGGAGCUGAGUAGCUACCGAUUGCAAAGGAUGCCUGUGCAGUACAUCCUUGGUGAGUGGGACUUUCAGGGCCUCAGUCUGAAGAUGGCACCCCCAGUGUUUAUCCCUCGGCCAGAAACGGAGGAGCUGGUUGAAUGGGUGCUGGAGGAGGUGACCCAAGGGCCCCGUGUGGUGGGAGCUCAAGGUGGCCCACUCAUCCUGGAGGUGGGCUGUGGAUCAGGAGCCAUUUCCCUCAGCCUGCUGAGCAAGCUCCCCCAGAGCCGAGUCAUUGCUGUGGACAAGGGAGAAGCCGCCAUCUGCCUGGCCCAUGAGAAUGCUCAGAGGCUUCGGUUGCAGGACAGGAUUCGGAUCAUCCCCUUCGAUGUGACCUUAGAUGGGAGCUGGGCACAUCUUCUACCCUGGGGCCCUGUGGACCUGGUCGUCAGCAACCCUCCCUACGUCUUCCACCGGGACAUGGAGAAGCUGGCCCCUGAGAUCCUCAGCUAUGAAGAUCCACUAGCCCUGGACGGUGGGGAGGAGGGCAUGGACAUCAUUACCCACAUCCUGGCCCUGGCACCUCGGCUCCUGAAGGACUCUGGCAUCUUCUUGGAAGUGGACCCAAGACAUCCAGAGCUCGUCGGCAGCUGGCUUCAGAGCCAGCCUGACCUGUCCCUCAAUCUUGUGGCUGUGCGCAGGGACUUCUGUGGGAGGAACUGGGAAGGCUCUGCGAUUUCACCCAACUCACAAGCUAACAAGUUGUCAUAUUCCCGAGGAUGUUGGCAGAAGACACAGAUUCCUGCUUGAGAAACAAAGGUCAGUUUACUUUCUACAGUAACAGUAGACAGAGUAUCAGCAUUUUCUUGUACCACUUCCCUGAACCCCAAUUCCUGCAGAGUGACCCAAUAAGGGCCAGAUGAUGCCUGUGCAUGCAGUGGGUUGACAGGAGAGGAACCCUGAGAUCAGGGAACCCAAAUCUUUUAUAAUAGACUAUAAACAAACCUGCCCACCCUUCACUCCAGAGGCAGAUAUUAUCUUUAUUAUACUGGACAAUAAAUCUGCCUUUUUCCCUGGAGGGAGACGCUAUCUCUGUCUUCUAAGGCUGUUCACUGGAAUAAUCACCCUUGAAAGUAUUGUUUGGAACAAGGGCAGUCAGUGCCUCUACCAGCAAGUGUACAGAAAUGGGAGACAACCAGGAAAAAUUGCCUCCCUAUCCUCUACUGGUGCUUCUUGACAUCACCUCUGAAAUAAGCUGUUUGUGUUUGGAUCCUUGUCCCUGAGCCUGCCUCUGGGGGAAACCCUCCAAGACUGGGAAGAUGACACUAAAUGGGCAGUAAUGGAUUUCUGGUGUGGCUCUCAUUUCUCCAGACCUGUCCUGCAAGUAAUGCAGGGGAGCCACAUGAAGGAAGAAGUUUCCUUACCCAGAAUCGAUACUGUUGUGACUCUUAGGGAGGUGCUCUAAAAGACUCUUAGGGUGUCAUUUUUUCAUGUUUAAAUAUUUAGUCCAUCUAGAAUUAUUGAGAUUUCCCUGUGUGAGGUAGACAUUGGACUUCAUUUUUUUUCCCAAAUCAAUAUCAAUUAUUGGAUUGAUAUUGGAUCAAUAUCAUUUAUUGGAAAUUGUGCCUGGUCUGUCACCACUCUCUUCUAAGCUGCUUGGAGGCUGUUAUUUAGAAUGUAUCACAAGCACACAAAUGAUCAAUUCACAAUAAAUGGACUAAAGAACACAUGGGCAUCACCAUCACUGGGGAUUUGACACUCAGCGGUGGCACAAUGUGAGACAAACCCAACACCCACUCGUGAUGACACCAUUCAGACCCCAAGGAAAUGGAGGGAGGCUGUGAACCAGCCUUAGAGUUCACAGGGGAUUUGAACACGAAUUGGGAAGGUUUCUUUCUAUAAAAAUAUUUAACAGUUAAUAAAAAUUUCAAAAAGUUGAAUAACAUUUUAGUUUAAAUCUUUUUGACUUAAAUUUUUAUAUCAGUUCCUUAUAACUUAUAGUUUGUAUUUUGCCUUUUAAUUUUACUAAUUUUGAUUAUUUAAAAAAUAACUUUUUGGAAUGUAUUUUAAAUACUUCCAAUUUCUAAUAUUUUAAAUUUAAUUCAUAUUUUUGUGCUCUUUGAAUAUAAUAUUUUAUUUUAGUCUUUUAAAUCAUUAUUGCCAAUAGAAUAGUAAUUAUGUGAAAAUCUUGACUAUAACAACAUAAUCAAUAGUUUUACUGGAAUUAAAGCAAGAACAGUGAAUGUUACAGAAUAAGUAUAUAAUACCUUAUGAAUUAGGCAUGUCUUUAUCUUCUUACUCACUUGGUAUCAGUGAACACCUGAACAUAAGCAAUACUCAUUAAAUUGAAUCAUCUUUGAUAUCUGACUUUCUGAUAUUUUUAUGACUUUCAGACAUACAAAAACCACAGAUUUACGGAUUUUUUAUUGUUAUGAAAGUUUACUUGUUGAGUAGGAGGAUAGCACGUGUUUUAUUAGCAGUUUGUAGCUUGACUUAUGAUUUUAAAUAUUUAGAUUCUGUAGUGUGGGCCUCCAUUUGUCCUUUUGCCCGGAGCACUGCAAAUGU